ACGCUCGCAUGUUUUGCUAGGCUUUUCUCGGAGAGGACGAGCGAUGAACGUCACACAGCCGUAGGCGACGGUUAACGUCCACUAUUUACAGAAUAACGGUUGAUAGUGAGAGAAACCGAACCGAACCUGAAUGAGCUGGUGGACACACGCAAGUCAGUAUCAAGGUGCAUGAUGAACCUGCUGCGCUGUAGCUGUCACAGCUAGUCAGGUGCCACACCAUGGCCAAACCUGGGAGCGACAGAGAUGGAGCCAUGGUGGAUAAGGCGGCGGGGAAGAAGAGCAAAGACAAGUUGUCCCCUUUCACCAAGACCCCCAAGCUGGACCGGAGCGAACUGCUGGGAAAGGAAGGGAAAGUCAAGUCUUCCAUGAAGCGGAAGCUCUCCUUCACCGCCAGCUCGCCCCAGACAGAGGAGCGUGAUUCUGACACCGAUGACUCAGACCCAGGCCAGUCCAGUGAGACCUGGGGAGAGAGAUUAGUGCCUCCCUGCAGGAUAUACGCAGACAGAGAUGGACCAGACAAGAAGAGAGUGAAAAAGGAGUCUGGAGGGAAGAAGUCCAAGGCCUCUAACCUGUUGUUUGGGUAUCCACUGUCCGAGCGCAAGCAGAUGGCUCUGCUAAUGCAGAUGACUGCCAACAGUCCAGAUUCCACCCCGAGCCACCCGUCACAAACUACCCCAGUGCAGAAGAGAGUUCCAAGCAGUGCCUCGUCGCGACAGAAGGAUAAGGUCAACAAGAGGAAUGAACGAGGGGAGACUCCCCUGCACAUGGCCGCCAUCCGUGGAGACGCCAAGCAAGUCAAGGAGCUGAUCAGCCUCGGCGCCGACGUCAACGUCAAAGACUUUGCAGGCUGGACUCCGCUCCACGAAGCCUGCAAUCUGGGUUACUACGAUGUGGCCAAGGUUCUGAUAGCAGCAGGUGCUGAGGUGAACACUCAGGGUCUGGACGACGACACGCCGCUGCACGACGCUUCCAGCAGUGGCCAUAAAGACAUUGUCAAGCUGCUGCUGCGGCACGGAGGCGACGCCUUCCAGGCCAAUAAGCGAGGUGAGCGACCGGUGGACGUUGCUGACUCUCAAGAACUGGAGCAGCUGCUGAAGGGAGAGUUGGCCCUUUCAGACCAGGAAGACAGCUCCUCAGAGUCUGAGGAUCCACCGUCAGUGAAUCCCUCCAGCAUUGACGACAACAUGGAAGACUCAGACACCGAAAAGGACUACGACGGGAAACCGUCCACAAAGUCCUCCUCUAUAGUGGCGCUGGACGAGUAUGAGUUCAAGGACGAAGAGGAAGAGGAGGAUCUCAGCAAAGCCCUGAACGACAGACACAUCCUACGGAGAGAGCUGCGGCAGCGGGAGAAGGAGGACAAGGAGCGUAACAAUGUGGCGGGGAAACAAAGCAGCAAAGAUUCCACUUCCAAAUCAAAAAGGCAGAAACCAUCUCGGGUCCAGUGCGCCUCGGACACGUCGAGCGACGAAAUGGAAAGCAUAUCAGAGAGGAGAAACUCUCCCACCUGUUCCCAAAGUUCGGAGAGCUACAAGACCGACUCGAGGUCUAAGAAAGACUCGGAGCUGAAGGAGAAGGGAAAGGUCAAGAGGAAGAACAAGAGCCAGAUGAAGAACAAGGAAAACCAAGAGGACGGGAAGGAGAAUAGCAAAACAUUGGUUCUUUCGAUUGUAUCCGAGACCACGGAUAAAGGCCGUGAGGAAGAUUCCUUCAAGAUGUCGUUCAGUCCCAAAGACGACUCGUCCGUCCACCUUUUCCAUUUGUCGUCCAUCAAAUCCCCCAAAUUGAACCACAGUCUGACUGAUAAACAAACGCCUCUUAAGCAGGAAAAUACAAAAAUUUCCAUCAGCGACGGCCCGGAUGGUGUUAAAUUCAACCACUACACAGAUGGAGACUUCUGCACGGAGGGAUCCAGCACUAAAGGUUGCAAGCACAAGGAGAAGAGCAAGCAUCAACAGAAAGACUCUCACACUGACGGGGACAGCGGCCGCUCCAGCCCGUACAAAGACGGGAACAGCAUAGACAGUGUCGAAGGUGCCUUGCGGAAAACCGACCUGGACGGCAAAGUAGUCAAGAAACACAAGCUCAAACACAAGGAGAAAGACAAACACAGGCGGGAAUACGAGGCUGAGCGCAGCCGCCACAAACAGAAGGAGGCCCGGAAAGACGGCCACAGGAAUUUGGAGUUCGACCGAGAGUUCUGGAAAGAGAACUUUUUCAAAAGCGACGAGGCCGACGAACCUCUGCCAGUGAAGAAAGACGGUGAAGACACCAGCACGAGUCAGAGGACGGCAGAUUCGACUUUCUUCAAGGAUGACAAGAACACAAAGGAGAAGCACUUGAGUAGCAAAGAAAAGAGGCAGCGAGAGGAGCGAGAGCGAGACAAGCUGGUGAAAAAGGAGAGGAAGGAUUCGACUUGCAAAGAGGAGAAGCCAAAGGAUUCCAAGCAGAGUGAGCGUGACGAGAGAGCAGACUGCCACGGUGCAGGGCGGAUUCCAGAGGAGCCACUGCAGAGCAACAGCGUGAAAGAGGAGACGGAGGAGAAACCUGUGAGUGGGAUCACAGCUGAUCACGAACAGCUGGAGCUCUCUGAGAAGGGCUCAUGCGAGAAGACUGACAAGAGGCCGCCUGGAAAAGAGAGGGACUUUGACAAAAUGGAAAGAAAGCAUCCUGACAGGGAAAAGAAGGUGAAAACCGAGCACUCUGAAAGAGCUGAGUCACAGAAUUCAGUGGAUCGCUGGAAGGAAAAAGAGAGAGCCGGAAUCCUUUCUUCCCACUCGCCAGGAGAUAAAAACUACAAGGAGAGUGAAAAACUGAAAUCCUUAUCCACAACAAAAAAGCACGAAGACGGCAGGAAAAAUAAAGAUAAGUUGGACAAGCGCUCUGAUAAGGAGCGGCAGGAUAGAGAGUGCGGUGUUGAUCACAGGGAGAAGGACCGGAGCAGCUCCGAUAAGAGAGGAAAGCUUGUCGACAAGACGGCGGAUCACAGCAAAUCAGAGCGUUCCAGAGAAAAGGAGUGUGAGAGGAGGAAGAAGGAUAGAAUCAAAGAUGGGAGCCUUUCGUCCAGUUCUAAUCUCAAGUCACUUCUCGAAGAGAAGAAGAGCCAUCAGUCCGAGAGCGCCAAAAGUUUAUCCCUGAAGACAAAAGAGGAAGUGACGAGAACUCCGGAGAAGGACCGGGACCGACGGGAGCGGGACCGAGAUUCCGAUCGUCACAAGGAGCGACACAAAGAGCGCACCCAACAGGCCAAAACUAGCAAGUCCAAACCCAGCGACUCGGACGCAGACAAGUCCAAAAUGAAAUCCUUACCGGCAUCAAGAGACGCCAAGCCCAAAGAGAAGAGGCUUGUGAACGACGACCUGAUGCAGACCAGCUUCGAGCGCAUGCUGAGCAUGAAGGACCAGGAGAUCGAGCAGUGGCAUCGCAAACACCUGGAAAAGAUCAAGCAGAAGGAGCGAGAGCGGCUCAAGCAGCGGCCGCUGGUGGACGCGGGGAAGUCCAAACUGAAAGACCGAACAAAGACAGAGGUCUGCCUGAGCAAAGAGCUGCUUCGCUCCAAAAGUUCGGAAGCCACGGAAGCCCACAGCAGGGAGAAACCCCCGAAGGACGGCGCCAGUCCCAGGACUCUCUCGCUGGAUGGGAAGAGUCUGAAAGUCAUGUCUGCUGUGGAGAACUGCCUAAGCAGGUCGCCGCGGCCUGAGAGCGACCGCUGCGGGUUCAUGUCCAGGUCAGUGUCUCUGGUUUCUGUGGCCAGCUCAGAGGAUUCCUGUCAGGCCACGCUAACUCCCAGACCUGCUGAGUAUGACUCGGACCUGCACCUGGAAGCCUCAGACAUGCAGUCGGCCUUCCUGCAGUCUUCCCUGGUCAUCCAGGCCACAAGGUCUCCUUCACUACACGACAAGGACUGUCUUCCAGACACGCAGCCGUCCAGCCGGACAUUGUUGGCCGCCAGACACGAGUCUCCGUGCCUCCGAGCCAUUCUGGACGAGGACGCCAACUCGCCCACGGAGAGUCCAGUCGAUGAGGGUCCCGCCAAACAGGCGAAAGAGGAGGAGCAGAAGACAAAGGAGACUCCCAUGGCGAGAGAGGAGUGUGUGGCGGCUCAAAUGAAGACUCCAGUUCCUGCUCCGGAGGCAGAGGGAUCCUCACCUGUCUGCUCCACAGCACCAGGAGGAGCAAGAGACGACAUGAGCCAGAACCUUAAACCGGCUCCGUCCACGUCGUGCAGCUCUCAACCAGAGCAGAACCUCGCCGCUUCAGAACCGCUGAGUGCGGAAGGUUCCAACAACAUCCCGUCAGCAGCUUCUCUUCCAACCGACUCACCGGAAGUCAUGAGCACAAAACCCCUCCAGCCCUCAGAGCCUACACUGCCCUCUUCACUUGUAGAUAGCUUGCAGCAAGCUGAGCCCAGUACAGCGCCACCUGCUGACUCAAUGGGAGAACUGCAGAAUGUUGAUGUGGAACCAAGAGGCAGUGAUCCUUCUGAGGUCCUGAGGACAGAAGAGACCUCCCCUGGCACCACAAAGCUCCUCAGUUCUGCAUCGGGCGAGUCAUUACCAAGUGGAGUCAAGUCCAACUCCGAGUCCCGGGGUGCAGCAGAGGACAUGGAGGUCAAUACUGCAGGCCCCUGCUCUCAGAUGGAGAAGGACCCUGAAGAUGUGGAGAUGACUGCACAGAACACUGAGAGCUCUGCUGCUGCAGGUCCUGUUGCAGCGAAAGUGUCUCAGGAAGAAGAAGCCCUGGGAACAGCCGCGGCUGAGCCCCCGUCUGAGCCCAUGGAGGUGACACCUGCUGAGGAAAAGGCUGAGUCAACCCCAUGUGAAGAACAGAGUCUGCCAUCAGUUCAGCAGCUGGCUCAAACCGACUCCAGCAGCAGCAGCAGCAGCAAUACGACUUCAGGCAGCUCCUCACCUCAGUCUGCCGACCAGGAAUCGGAUUCUUCUGGAGCUAAAGUCAAGAUCCGCUCAGCCGAGGAGGAGGCCGACGUGCACGUGCCUCACCCACGCAAGAGGAAGAUGCUGAAGGUGUCGGCGCACCAGCUGACCGCCACCAUCCAGCAGGAGAAGGAGCGCGGCCACCAGUCGCUCGCUGCCAUCGUGGACUCUGUGAAGCUGGAGGAGAUCGAGCCGUACCAGACUGAGCGAGCCAACCCGUACUACGAGUUCCUGCACAUCCGGAAGAAGAUCGAGGAGAAGCGCAAAGUCCUGUGUAGCGUGGCGCCGCAGCCGCCGCAGUACUACGACGAGUACGUAACCUUCAACGGAUCCUACCUGCUGGACGGCAACCCGCUGAGCAAACUCUGCAUCCCCACGAUCACGCCGCCGCCGUCGCUUCCGGAGCAGCUCAAAGAAAUGUUCAAGCAGCAGGAGGUGGUCCGCAUGAAGCUGCGACUGCAGCACAGCAUAGAGAGGGAAAAGCUGAUUGUUUCGAACGAGCAGGAGGUUCUGCGAGUCCACUACCGGGCCGCCAGAACCCUGGCCAAUCAGGCGCUGCCUUUCAGCGCCUGCACCGUUUUACUGGACGCUGAAGUGUACAACAUGCCCCAAGAGGUGCAGAGCGACGACGGCAAGACGUCCGUGAGAGACCGCUUCAACGCCCGGCAGUUCAUGUCCUGGUUACAAGACGUCGACGCCAAGUUCGACAAACUCAAGACGUGUCUCUUGAUGAGGCAGCAGCACGAGGCGGCGGCUCUCAAUGCCGUCCAGCGGCUGGAGUGGCAGCUAAAGCUGCAGGAGCUGGACCCGGCCACCUACAAGUCCACCAGCAUCUUCGAGAUCCCAGAGUUCUACAUCCCGCUGGUGGAGGUCAACGACGACUUCGACCUCACCCCCAUAUGAGCCGCAGCUCAGGAGCGCUUGGCGACACCUGGAGCACUUAGAAUGUGGCGGCGCGACAGAAGAGCACUUAGACACCCGAUUGUGUUCCCACCUCCAGGGCGGCGGACGGAGCCCGGGCCGACCAAAGGAGCCGGGUCAGGCAGCGCGGGGAGCUGGUCCCGCUCCUCGCCCCGCUGGGUCACACAUCCAAGAGAUUUCAAUUCUUUCAAAAAAGCGUGUCAAUACCUUGUGUACAGACUGUGCUCUUAAUUUUUUAACUUAUUUUAUACAUAAAACUGUGCAUUUGUAAAUAGCCAUGUAAUUAUUGUUUUAAACCUGUAAAGACAAAAUGAAUAGAUAUUUUGAUUGUAAACUCGUUCCGUCUCAUGUUUCAAUGGACCAAAGUUGUUUUUAUAUGGCGUGUCCUCUUCGUGUGUGACGUUCUCGUUGGUGUUGCUUCAGCAUGUGUUUGCUUUCGUUGUGUUUCUUUUCCCUCCUCAUCCGCCGCGCCGGACCACAGCAGCAGCUCUUCUGACUCUUUCGGCAAUUCAGUGCUGUGCAUGCGUUGCUUUUCGUUGUACUUUCUUUCCCGAGACAGCUGUACUGUGCACUUAUUCGUGAGGUUUACUGAAGUGUUCCCGAUAUUUUGGCGCCAUCGCGUGACCGUCGCCCUCGCCGCUUCACUUCCUCGUGUGUUUUGUCCAUCGUGUCUCGUGCACUUGGGUCUGUCGUUGGUUCCGAGGAGGAGAAACAAACUUAUAAAGUUUCAACGUGAGAUCACAACAAAACCUAUUUUUUCAACACAAUGCCUUUUGAACGAUCUAAAAAUGUCUAUUUUAAUAUUUACUUGUUACAUGACUUGUACAUAUUUGUAAUAUAUAAUUGAAUAAAUUUUAUUUGUUGUGAAA